UCAGGACCCCCCCCCCCCCGGAUGCUCUGAGCCACACUCCUCAACCCGGAUCUAAAAUCCGGGACACAGCUACCAGGCCAGCCUCUCUCUCCACCCCACCCCCUCUUUCUGGCGUCCAUCCCCUCCCCAGCACCACCUCUGCUGCUGCCUCUGGCUGUGGACCUGCAACUCUUCCCCAUCCCCGCCAGGCCUGGGGAGCGGGAUGAGCCUGGAUGAGAGCCCCCCCAACCUGGGGCUCUCCAAGGCCAUGGCCGGAGUGCUCCCAGGGAGGAGCCCCGGACCCUGAGCAUCUGCUAGAGGCUUGGCAGAGGCCCCAUGGGGACUGUGUCUUCUGAGGACAAAAGGCAGCGGCCAGCAGGCAGACAGUGGGGGAGGGGGGAACCGACAGCCGGAUGGGCAGAUGGGUAGCAGGGGCCAGCGCUGGCCCCCCUCCCAGCUUGGCAGUGGUAUGAAUAUGGGGGUGGGAGUGUGUAGUGGGGGAAGCACCUGCCCGGAUCCCCACCUGCCAGCUAGCUGGGCACCCCAAGUCUAUGUGCUGCCCACCUGGUGUUCUCCAAAACCCCUAGCCCUGUCCAGUGCACCGCUCCGGUGCCUGCUUCCCCUGAUAUCUGCAAUUUAGACCAACCAGGGUGUAUCCACGGCAACAGAAGCAGGAAUGUCACUGGCCUGCUAGUUCACUGAGGGUCCCACAGUGUGGUCUGGGCUGUGAUUUAUCUUGGGUGAGACAUCUUGAGGUCCCUCCUUGGAUUCCAAGACAGCCCUGCUGAGAGAGCCCAGUCAAAAAAGUUUGAAGAACACAACCUAGGGCUUUGCAAAGGGGCAGAAGAGCCACACCAACAUCCCCACCCCACAGACCCACCAAUGGAGGAAACAGGUGCAGCCUAGCAGGACAACUGAUGGAGUCCCCCAGGGCCCAUCAAGUACUGGACUGGCUGACCCCAUAGGGUUGGGAACAGCCCCUGCCCCUCAGUAUGGCCAACACCACUGGAGAGCCUGAGGAGGUGAGCGGCGCACUGUCCCCGCCAUCAGCAUCAGCUUAUGUGAAGCUGGUGCUGCUGGGACUGAUCAUGUGCGUGAGCCUGGCAGGCAACACCAUCUUGUCCCUGCUGGUGCUCAAGGAGCGUGCCUUGCACAAGGCUCCUUACUACUUUCUGCUGGACCUGUGCCUGGCUGACAGCAUACGCUCUGCCGUCUGCUUCCCCUUUGUGCUGGCUUCUGUGCGCCACGGCUCCUCAUGGACCUUCAGUGCACUCAGCUGCAAGAUUGUGGCCUUUAUGGCCGUGCUCUUUUGCUUCCAUGCAGCCUUCAUGCUGUUCUGCAUCAGCGUCACCCGCUACAUGGCCAUCGCCCACCACCGCUUCUAUGCCAAGCGCAUGACACUUUGGACAUGCGCAGCUGUCAUCUGCAUGGCCUGGACCCUGUCUGUGGCCAUGGCCUUCCCACCCGUCUUUGAUGUGGGCACCUACAAGUUUAUCCGUGAGGAGGACCAGUGCAUCUUUGAGCAUCGCUACUUCAAGGCCAAUGACACAUUGGGCUUCAUGCUUAUGUUGGCUGUGCUCAUGGCAGCCACACAUGCUGUCUAUGGCAAGCUGCUCCUCUUCGAGUACCGUCACCGCAAGAUGAAGCCAGUGCAGAUGGUGCCAGCCAUCAGCCAGAACUGGACAUUCCAUGGCCCUGGGGCUACUGGCCAGGCUGCUGCCAACUGGAUUGCUGGCUUUGGCCGCGGGCCCAUGCCACCAACCCUGCUGGGUAUCCGGCAGAAUGGGCACACAGCCAGCCGGCGGCUGCUGGGCAUGGACGAGGUCAAGGGUGAAAAGCAGCUGGGCCGCAUGUUCUAUGCGAUCACACUGCUCUUCCUGCUCCUCUGGUCACCUUACAUUGUGGCCUGCUACUGGCGAGUGUUUGUGAAAGCCUGCGCCGUGCCCCACCGUUACCUGGCCACAGCUGUUUGGAUGAGCUUCGCCCAGGCUGCCGUCAACCCGAUCGUCUGCUUCCUGCUCAAUAAGGACCUCAAGAAGUGCCUGAGGACUCAUGCCCCCUGCUGGAGCACAGGAGGUGCCCCGGGUCCCAGAGAACCCUACUGUGUCAUGUGAAGCAGGCUGGUAGGCAGACAGGCAGGAAAGUCACCAUGAUGGGGCCAACUGAAAGGGAGAGGUGCGGCCCCAUACAGGAGCCUUUCUUUCUGAGCUCCAGACCCAGCCCCUCGAACCACCUGGAAUAUAGGCACCUUUGCCAACACCUCCCCAGGGUUGGGGACUGGGUGGGGGUGGGGGACUGGGAAAAAGGCAUUUCUAGUUCUGUGGGGCCUGUCUCAGCCACCUCCUUCUCCACUUCUUCUACAAUCUCUCUCCUUUUCUCUCUCUCUCUCUCCCCCACCCCCAGAAGUGACAAUUCAGAAAAAGAAAAGAAAACUGAAAAUGCAGGUUUUUCUACUAAUAGCUGAGGAGACAGGCUUUCUUGCUUUAAUGUCUCUCCUUCUGACAUUGUCCAGAAAGGGGAAAUUUGUCCUGUAAAAUAGACUUCCAGAGCUCUUAUUGCCCCCUCUGCUCCCAUGCACCCACCCCUUCCAAGUCCUUUAGCAAGGUCUGGAUGUCUAGGGAGAAAUUGGUAUGCUGGCAAGAGGGAUCAAGGGGGGUGCUGGGUCCCCAAGGAGCAGGGAUGUUGAAUUGCUAUGUUGUGUGCAAUGUUGUUUUAGGCUAACCCUGGUCCCAAGCCCAGUCUCCUCUCCCUCCCCACCAUGUCCAGACCUCCCAAGUGUUUCUUGAGUAUGUGUUUGAGAAGCCAGGAGAGGAGGGAGAAGGGCCCCUGGGAUGAGCCCAGGCUAGGUGAAGAGCAGGAUGUGAGCUGCAUGCCUCGAGCUGAAGAGACCUGAGCUUGACUGCAUUCUCUUGAGCUGCCUCCUGGAUCCCUGGCCAACUCUUCCUGAGAGUGGAAAUCCACUCCAGCCCCACUAAGGCUGAUGUGGGUGCCAUACAGGCAGGAGCAGCACCCCCAGGGAAGUGUAGGGAGAGAACCAAACACCCCAGAGUGGCUGGAUCCCAGAGCUUGGGGUCAGAGUGAAAUUCAAUCCCAGAAUUGUCUCCUGGGUUCACGCUACUCUCCUGAAGAUGAAAAUUCUUUUGGGGCCUUGGUAACUCAUAGUGGUGUAAGCUCUGAGGCACUGUGGACUUGAGUCCAUUCCUAUCUGACCUCUUUUUGUCCUCCUCAAGCCUCAGGGGCCUCAAGCCCCUCCGUGGUAGCCCUUGACCUUCUGGGUCCCCAGUCUCCAAAUCCCUUCCCCCAGACAGCUCUUCUCCCCCUUCCUCCCUUAAACCUUACCUCCACCCAAACGGGAGCAGACUUCAGCCAGAUUCUCCAGGUGGGAAAUCCCAAGCCUCCAUCCCGGGGCAGAAUCUACUCUGGGCUCACGUCAAGGCCAGUUCUUGUGGACUGGUGAGCCAAGUUGGCAUUCCUUUGCCCGGUCUUGCCUGGGUUCUCUGUCCCUCUCUCAUUUUCGGGGGGAGGGGAAGAUCUGUAUUUAUCCUCCCCCUUUUCCCUUCCCUAUAGAAGCCCUUGUCCUAAGCUCCUUCCCUACCCCAGGACAGUCCCAUAGCUGGGGAAGCCUUGACCCAAGAGGAAUGGGGAGGGCACUUUAGGCAGGAGAGACAUUAAUGAGCCUGGCUGUGGAGUGGCCCUGGAAAGGCAGGCCAGAGUGGCUGAGAGGCUGGGGGUGGGAGGGUACCUGUUCUCUCAGUGUUAGUGAUGGGGUGCC